AUGAGUUCGAGGCACCGUGAUAGGAGCCGUUCCCGUUCCCGUGAUCGUGAUCGACACAAGGAAAGAGAAAAGGGUCGCGAUCGUGACCGUGAUAAGGAUAGGGAUCGUGAUCGCGAUCGCGACAGAGAUCGUGACCGUGACAGAGAUAGGGAUCGCGAGCGCAACCGCGACAGAGAUCGUGACCGCGACCGCGACAGGCACAGAUCUAAAAGAGAUAAAGAUAGAGAUCGCAGCAGAAGCCGUGAUCGUCACAAGGAAAAGAGACUUCGUUCACGAAGUCGUAGCCGAAGUCGUGGGAGGAAAUCCAAAGACAGGGAUGGCACAAUUGCUCUGCUAGACCAAAUGGUGGGCACUACAACUAAAGCUACUGCUCGACAAGUGGCUGCUCCCACAACCAUCAAUCCUGCUACACAAGCAGCUAUAUUAGCUGCCGCAGCAGUCGCGCAGACGUUUGUGGCGCAGCGGCGCAUGGCGGCGCCGGUGCAACCCGCGGCGGCAGCGGCGGCCGCGCUGUCCGCCGCCACCGCCAUCCCGCCGCCCACCUCCGUGCAGCAGAAGCUGGAGCUGCUGCAGGCGCGUACCGAGUCGCGCUACCGCGAUAAGCUGCUGCUCGACCAUCACCCCGACGACGACAAGGACGACGGGCAGGGGCCGCCCGGCGAGACGGCGGCGGAGCGGCGCGCUCGCCGGCGCCGCACGCGCUGGAUGGGCUCGGAGCACGACAAGACCUUCAUCCCGGGGCUGCCCACAGUGCUGCCCUCCACGCUCACGCGCGAACAGGAGGAGCAGUACCUGCUGCAGCUGCAGAUCGAGGAGGUGAGCCGCAAGCUGCGCUCCGGCGACCUCGGCAUCCCCGCCAACGUCGAGGAAAGGUACUCUGCCGCCCCCCGCCGCCCUCCCCGCGCGGCCCCGGCGCCCCCGCCCCCGCGCCGGCGCCCGGGCGCGCCACGCCAGGUUUUCCCCACACAUUAUCUAGUCACGCUCCAAGUUAGGAUGGACCGUUCCAUGAAGUUAGAGGAGUGGCAGCGGAGCCGCGCCCCUCCCUCCCCCACCCCCCAUCCCCCUGCCGCCUCCCUCCCGCCCGUGAGAUAUCUCAAUAAUGCUGAUGCUAAUCUCUUUCCAGCGACGCAGCCUGACCGAUAUAUUACUAUUAAUGAUUAUUUUCAGCGUUCUAAUAAUGUUAAAAUUUCAGGAGAGUUGCUCUAUGACGUACCUAGCUGCCGCCGCCCGCGCGACGCACGGCACGUGUCGCGCGGGCGGCGGCGCGACGUGCCCCGAGUGACGCCGGUGUCGCGCAGGUCGCCGUCGCCGGAGCCCAUCUACUCCACGGACGGCAAGCGCCUCAACACGCGCGAGUACCGCACGCGCCGCAAGCUGGAGGAGGAGCGCCACCGUCUCGUGCAGCGCAUGCAGCAGAUCAACCCCGAGUUCAAGCCGCCGCCCGACUACAAGCCACCUAUCAUACGCGUGCACGACAAGGUGAUGAUCCCGCAGGAGGAGCACCCGGACAUCAACUUCGUCGGGCUGCUCAUCGGCCCGCGCGGGAAUACGCUUAAAGCGAUGGAGAAAGAGACAGGAGCCAAGAUAAUAAUCCGCGGCAAGGGGUCGGUGAAGGAGGGCAAGGUGGGGCGCAAGGACGGGCAGCCGCUGCCGGGCGAGGACGAGCCGCUGCACGCCUACAUCACCGCCACCAAUGCCGACUGCGUCAAGAAGGCCGUCGAGAAGAUCAAGGAGGUGAUCCGGCAGGGCGUGGAGGUGCCGGAGGGGCAGAACGACCUGCGCCGCAUGCAGCUGCGCGAGCUGGCGCAGCUCAACGGUACACUGCGCGAGAGCGACGCACCGCGCUGCGCCAACUGCUCCGCCGCCGACCACAAGACCUGGCUCUGCCCCGACAAGCCCAACGUGACCAACAGCAUCGUGUGCUCGUCGUGCGGCGGCGCCGGCCACAUCGCGCGCGACUGCCGCGCCAAGCGCCCCGGCCACGCGCCGCCCGCGCUCGCGCACGACAAGGCCAAGAUCGACGAGGAGUACAUGUCCCUGAUGGCGGAGCUGGGCGAGGCGCCGCCGGGUGUGGGGCCGGGCGCCGGGUCGCGGCGCCCCGCGCACGCGCCCUUCGCGCCCGCGCCGCCGCCGCGCGCCAUCAUGCCGGCGCCGCCCGCGCCCUUCGCGCACGCCAUGCAGCACGCGCCCCACGCGCCCUGGCUAGGUGAUACCAUGCAGGCCCCGAUACACACAGGCGGCGCCGGCGCGGGCGCCAGCGUGAGCGCGGCGCAGCCCCCGCCGCCCGGCAGCGCGCCGCCCUUCCCGCCGCCGCCGCCGCCGCACCAGGGCGACACGCCGGGCCCGCCCGCGCCCGCGCACCCGCCGCCGCCGCCGCCUGGCAUGAUGGGCAUGGGCGGCGCGGGCUGGCGCGGCGCCUUCGGCCCGCCGUGGGCCGCGCCGCCCGCCGCCUUCUUGGCGCCGCCGCCGCCGCCGCCACCCGUCUCCUCCUCC